GGCUGCAAUACACCAAUAGAUGUAGUCGGCCAUAAAACUUUAAAGAAGAAGAACGGAAGUGAACAGUGACCAGAAACAAGCGUUUAUAUUGAUGUUAUUUAGACGUUUAUUAACACCCUGGAACUAAAACGGUGACACUUUUAACUGCACAGAAUCGCAUAAUUACCCCAGGCAGUUUUUAAUUCGCGUUGAUCACGGGGCUUUGUAUCGAUGCUAGCUGGCUGCUGGUUAGCUAAAAAUGGCUAACGUUAACUGUAUGGUUUUUCACACUCAAAUAGCCUCCAUCAUGGAGGUGCUAGCGAAUGCAGCCGUGGCAGAGAUCUGUAAAGUCGUAGACGACGACUAUGCAGUGUUUCGUUUGGAAAUAACUCAAAGCAAGAAAGAAAACAGGGGAUUGCGGAGGAAACUACAGCUACUGGAACUGAAGGUGGCACGGGAACGCGCAGAGAGAAUAAUGCGAGAGCGCGUCCUCGCCAGUCGUCCCAGUAGUGUCAAGAUCCUCGACCGAUACAAAGGAAUGACAAGAGGUGAAGGACAUCUACCUGGAGGCCACAAGAGCUUUGUGAAGCCAGUGGGACACAAUACAUGGAGAGAUGACCAACCAAUCACUGUUGAUGAGGGGAGUGGAACCUCAACCCAGCAUGUUAUCGUAGAGUCUGCAGAUACAGAGGCUGUAGCUCCUGGGGUCAAACUGGAGAGGUCUAAAGGAGAGGAGUACCCACGGCGCAGUGAUGACAUUGAGACUGGACUGGCUGGAGUGCCCCCUGUAGCCACGAAGGACCCCACAACCGCCUCAGGGCGGCCCAGAACCCAACACAGCAUCACGGAGGAGGUGGGUCCAGAGGUGCUGCUGGUGAAGGAGGAGGGGUGUGAGGAGAGUCUUGGGAACCCUGAGGGGACCAUGGUCAUGGGAAACAACCAGACUACACCUCUUCCUGAACCCACAGAGGAACCAGCUGAGCAGCACAGGACCACACACAGUCUCACUGAGUCAGUAGACAUGGAGGAUGGGAAUCUUGAUCUGCUGCUGGUCAAAGAGGAGACAAUUGAGGACGAACCAGAGAGCACUGACCUGCUGAGUGGACUAAAGAUGAGGGAGCAAGGUGGUUGGUUGGAGGCUAACAGAGGAGACUGGGCAGCUAGCUUGGAUUCCCAGACCCCAACAGGUGCAACCAAGGGCCCAAGGGACAUCACCACUGAGCCGGUCAGGACCAGAGGCGACAUAGUGGAAGUCAGUGGAUGGGACAGCGUCCUCAACUCUGGGCUGGGGAACAACACUGUUAACCACAACCAGAAACAGACAACCGAACACAAAACAACAACCGAACUUAGUCUCCAUGACAACAGACUAGCUGAGACCAGGGCGAGGUGUAGAUUUGGUCUGCGGGCACGAGGAGGUGUCUGUCUAAGAACAGAUUCGGCUAGCGAUGCUCCGUCCUGCUCCUAUAGUUGUGAUUCAGAGAGACUGAUGGCGCCUCAGGGUAACCCGCUAACAGGUGCUGCCUUCAGCCUGCCUUCUAUAGGAUCCAUCAACUGGAACAUGGACCCUGUGACAACACAGACAGUCCCUGGCCUUAAUCCUCCUCACAGUCUCCUAAUGUUAAACCAGACCUCAGACAAUGCCAGUGCCUUAACACUAAAUGGCUACACAAGCCCAUUGACAAAUGACAGUAGUAGUAAUGCUAUCAGUAGAUCCGGUGGCAAAGAGAAGCGAUUCCAGUGUUCGUUCUGUGGGAAAGCCUUCAGUUUCCCCAAACAGGUGGAGAUCCACCAGAGGAUGCACACAGGGGAGAAGCCAUUCGGCUGCCACCUGUGCCAAGCCAGUUUCUCAGACUCGUCCAACCUGAAGAGGCACCAGAGAGUCCACACAGGGGAGAAACCAUUCGGCUGCCACCUGUGCCGAGCUAGUUUCUCCCACUCCUCCAGCCUGAAGAGGCACCAGAGAGUCCACACAGGGUAGAAAUCCUUCAGCUGCCCCAAUUGUGAGAAGAGGUUCUCCCACCAGCUGAACAUGCACCUGGAGGUCCACAAGGGGAAGAGGUUCUCAGCGAGGAGGUACCUCAGAAUAUGCAUAGUGAUAUGUUGUACAUUUAUAUUUACAUUUUAGUAAUUUAGCACACUAGUUAGUUUGAAGGUAAAGUGUUUUAUACACGGAUCUUUACAGGAAACCUACUGACAGUUGUCACCCACUUCCCUUGAAAAAUAGUUUUCCCUACAGCCAAUUCUGUCGAAUCAAAAGAAUUUGCAAAAAACAAUCAGAUUUCAACAGAAAUAUGGCUGAGACGCAAAGAAAAUUCAAGGAGAGGGGGUACAAAAAUGAUCAGAUUAAUAUUGCCGUUGAGAAAAUCCAAAACAAAACGAGACAUUCUUGCAUUCUAACUACCAGCUAUUCAAAGUGCUCUGAACAAAUUAAGGGAAUCAUUCAAUCAUUGGCACAUUCUAAAAUCCGAUAAUAAUCUCGGUAAUGUGUUUUCGGACCUUCCUUUGGUCAUAUUCUCGCGGGGCAGAAAUCUCAGAGACCAAUUGGUACACUGAUUUACCACCCCAAGAUAUUCCCGAACAAUGUCUAUUUGCGCCCGUACUGGAUGGAAAUUACAAGUGUAAUGGCUGUGCUCAAUGCAAUGGCACUUAUAAAUGUUGAUCCUUCAAACACCCAAAAACAGGGAAAUAGAUCCCAAUCAAAGUUGUUAUUAUGUGCUCCACUAAGGCAGUUAUUUAUCUGAUAACUUGUCCUUGUGGUAAAAAUUAUGUGGGUAAGACAAAGCGCAAAUUAAAAGUACGUAUCUCAGAGCAUCGUAGCACCAUUAGGUGCAAAAACUCGACUUACCCAGUUGCGGCCUACUUUUUGGAAGCAAACCACUCGAUUUUGUCUCUGCAUUAUAUUGGCAUCGAACAUGUCACCCUCCCUAGGAGAGGGGGUGAUCUUGAUAAUUUAUUGUUAAAACGAGAGGGUGCCUAGGUCUUUAAUUUAAAGACCCUUGCUCCCUUCGGUCUCAACGCAGACUUUGAUCUGAAGCCAUUCUUGUGAUUAUUGUAACUUUUGCCACUGUAAUCGUUUGUAAGCUUGUGUAGUCUAAAAUGAAUCUAUGAUCGCAUGCUAUCCAUUUGUUUUUUGUAUGCUGAUCUUUGUAUGCCAUUUUAAUAUGUGAGAAUUAACCAAUGAUAAUAGGCCACACUUGGCCAUGAUUACAGACACCAGUGUGUCUUUUGACACUCUAUAAACGAGUCAUCCCGCAGUGUUUGAUUACACCCUGAUGAAGACGUUGGAUAUUAAAUGUUUUGCAUCUGA